AUGCGGCUCCUUGUGGUGAUUGCCUCCAUAUGGCUUUUUGCGUUUCCUGCGAUGGCUGUAACUUCAAUCACAGAGCCUCCCACUUGUGGAGCCAAGUGUAUCCGUACCACGAUUCAGACCACGGGACUCUGUGAGGUCACAGACACGGCUUGCAUUUGUACCAAUGCAGUAUUGAAUGCAGAAAUCGAGACGUGUGUGUUUGCGAAUUGCACAAUCAGAGAAGCUCUAGGGACUCAGAAAUACUCCUACGAUCUUUGCGGUCGCAAAGGCGAGGACAGGACGCACCUGGUAUGGAUCAUGGGAAUCACCUUUGGUGCCGUGGGCCUCGUGGCAUUUGCACUCCGAUGCAUGGCAAGACUUCAUAUGGGCACCCAGACAUGGGGGUUGGACGAUUGGGCUAUGUGCUUGGUCAUGUGCUUUAUGAUACCGCUAUGUGUCCUGUCUGUCCCUCUUGCACAGCACGGUCUAGGCUUAGACAUGUGGAAUGUGGAUUUUGAUGAUAUUACUUCCAUUCUCUACCUCUAUUUCUGGGACGAGCUUUUCUACAUCACCUCCUUAGCCCUCACCAAAGUUUCGAUUUUACUCUUCUACCUCAAAGUCUUCCCGAAGCGAUCAUUCCGAAUCUGCGUCUACAUCUUGAUUGGAUUGAACAUUGCCUACGCUUUAGGCUACGAUCUCGUCCUGAUAUUUCAGUGCUCCCCUAUCGAUGGUGCUUGGCGCUCUUGGGAUGGCGAGUAUAAUGCCAAAUGCAUCAGCAUUAAUAUCCUAGGAUGGUCUGCUGCUGCUAUCAACAUUGCUCUCGACUUGGGAACCAUAAUACUGCCUCUUCCUGAGCUGUUUCAACUUUCCAUGUCUAUGAAGAAGAAGGUGCAGAUCCUGCUCAUGUUCGCUGUCGGUUUCUUUGUUACAGUUGUGAGUGCGAUUCGGCUACGAUCCUUAAUUGAAUUCGGCACAACGAGCAACGUAACUCAGGAUUAUGUCGAAGUUGGAUACUGGUCAACCAUCGAAGUUCCCGUUGGCGUGAUCUGCGCAUGCAUGCCUGCCAUUCGCUCUCUUUUCAGCCAAGUAUUUCCCGCUAUAUUUGGGACAACACGGCGCGGUCACUCAGAAUAUGGGUAUGGAGGGAGUCGAGGCUACGCAUCCAAGAAGUCUGGCAAGCCACCACAAGGCAGCACAGGGGGAAACACACAAAUCCGAGUUAAACAGGAGUGGACAGUGAUGAGCAACGUUGUUGAUAAUCGAAGCGAUGUCGAACUGAGGUCUUUCGAGCAGCAGAUCGCGGGUGUUGAAACUCACACCAAUACAUCUGGCAAAGAUAUUGACGAAUGGCCCCUGAAAGGCCCUAAGCAUGGAUCAAAAGGAAGCCACGGGUCAAGUAGCUUUUGA